AUGGCUUCUGGAGGCCAGAACUCCCAAGAGAUGAAGUUGCAGCUAGGGGGUGGGGGCCUGGGAGCCAGCCAGCUUCUGGAUCUGCUUGGGAUUCCGACCCCGCGGGGCCCCACCCCCGACCCGGCGUACCUACCCUGCCGCGGCCUAGUAGCGGCUGCGGGCGCCCCGGGCCCCGCCCGCCAGGCCUCCCAAGAGAACGGAGACCUGCCCUGGGGGUUGCUGCUGGCGGCGGGCGCGCCUAAGGCCGUCCUGAGCCCCGCCGACCCCUGCCAGGCCGAGGGCUGCGCGCCCCGCCGAUACGAGCCGGGCCUGGUGAGCCCGGAGCUGGGCCGCGAGGUGCGGGCAUCCAGCACGUGCGGCCGCCGGGCCACCGCCACCUGCGCCUCGGCCCUGCGGCGCGCGCACCUCGCCAGCCUGCUGAUGGCGGGCACCCCAGGGUGCUGGCGCUGGGCCGCGGCGCCCCACAACGUGGCGCUGGUGUUCGUGAGCCUGCGCUUGUGCCCCGCGCCGCCCGCGACCGCAACUGGGCGCCGCCCGCCUCCUUCUCCGCCCGCGCCCCCGGCCGGACCCGAGGCCCGGUGCUUCCCCGCGCCGCAGGUCCGGCCCGACGGUGGCGGCCUCCUGGCCUUCAGCCUGCGGGACGGCAGCCCCCCGGGCCUGGAGCUGGACAGCAGCCCGGUGCUGCAGGACGGGGUGACGGCCUCCGACGUGCGCCUGGUGCUCGCGCGGCCCGGCGGGGACGGAGCUGCCGGUGGGCGGGCGCUGCACGACGGCCGGGGCCGCGAUCGGCCGUGGCAGCGGGGCUCGGCGCGGGACGCACACGCCUGCGUGGCCUGCUCCUGCAACGGCCACGCGCGCCGCUGCGGCUUCAACAUGGAGCUGUACCGCCUGUCGGGCCGCCACAACACGGCGGGCCGCCACUGCCACCGCCACCGCCACCGCCACUACCGCGACCCGGGCCGCGCGGCCAGCCACCCGCGCGCCUGCAGAGCCUGUGAUUGUCACCCUGUGGGCGCCGCCCGCAAAACCUGCAACCACGGGAGUUGGGCGUCUCUCUCCCUCUGCAUCUCUCUCAAAAAUAAAAUAUUUUUUAAAUUAAAAAAAAAAACCUGCAACCAGACCACGGGCCAGUGUCUCUGCAAGGACGGCGUCGCCGGCCUCACCUGUGACCUCCGCGCCCGGGGCUUCCAGCAGAGCCGCUCCCUGGCGGCGCCCCGCGUCAGUGAGUGGCCCUGCCCGCCCCGGCCCCCGGGACCUGCCAGCGCGGACUGCCCCCUCCCCCUCCCCGUGCAGGGACCCCCGCGCCGGACCCCGCCGAGGACAGCGGCCCUGCCGAGCCCCACGGUGGGUGCGUCGGGGCGCGGGGGGAGCGCCCGGCGGGUGCGGUCCGGCGCGAACCCCGCCCCGUCCCCAGACUGCGACUCGCACUGCAAGCCGGCGCAGAGCCGCCACCGCAUCGGCCUCGAGACCUUCUGCGGGAGGGAAGGAACACGGUAGGCGCCCCGGCCCCGCGGGCGCGCGCGGCGAGGCGCGUGGACGCGCUUCCCGGUGGCCGUGCUCGCCGUGUUCCGGGGCGGCGGGGAGCGCGCACUGUGGGUGCCGGCGCGGGACGCGGCCUGCGCUCCCCGCCUGCUGCCCGGCCGCCGCUACCUGCUGCUGGGGGGCGGCGGGGUCCCGGGGCUCAGCGCCUCCCGCGGGAGCCUCGUGCUGCCGUGGCGGGACGUGUGGACGCGGCGCCUACGGCGGUAGCGGCGGCGCGAACGGCGGGGAGGCUGCGGGGCGGUCUGGGCGGGGCGCUGCGGGCUCCCCCGCCGCGUGCCCAGGACCCCGGGCUCCGCGGACCCCACCCACCCGAGGUCGUGGCCCCGACUUGAUGCCAUACCCACAGUCACUCCCGGGGGCGACAGCCCCGCCUCCCGAGGGCGCUGUCAUCCGCCUCUGGCCGCUCGUGUCCACGUGGUCGCGAGCCCCCGGCCGGACACGCCCCCUCGGCGCGCGCCCCCGGGGCCCUGCCCGGCGCAUGCUCGGCUGCGGGGCGCCGGUGCGCAUGCCCAGAGCGCGCGGCCCGACCCGGGUGGGCAGCGCGGCGCGCGCUCGCGGGGGCGGGGCCGGGGCGCGCGUGCGCAGACCGCGGGGCGCCAGUCGCGGGUGAGCGGGCAGCGAGCGGCCAGCGGCAAGGCAGAAACCCUGGGGAUUGCAGCAGAUCCUCCGCCUACGCGCCGCGGUCCGGGCCUGCCAUCCCCGGCCCCGGGUGACACGCGCCCCCUGGCCCCGGGGUCCCCGCCCCGAGCCCGCUGA